AUAGUUUUAUUCUCAACAUACACAAUAAUCUCAUUGCAAUGUCUGAAUAUUGAAAAAACUGAAAUACAGCGUGACUCACACACACUCCCAGACACACACUUACAGGAAACUAAACCUCUGAGAGCUUGACAUCUUACAACAAAACGUCUCACACACCCGCGCCGCAAUGAUGAUAAACUUCACAUUAAUUCUCCUCUUCUAUUUAAUCAUCAUCUUCUCCUCUGGUCAAUUUGUAUCCUCCUCAUGUGUGUACAAAACAGUGGGCGAAAGAGUUGAAAUCUCUCUGGAUAUUGGAGAAUUACCAGAGAAAGGCGAACUGACUUGGACACAUAAUCAAUACAAGGUAUAUAAUAAAAGGGGCUCAAGUGUUAAGACAAGCAAAUUGGAUGUUGACCGCUAUGGAUCCUUGAUCCUGGAGAACGUACAGAAAAAGCAUUCUGGGGUGUACGAAGGCCUAGUCUACGACCAAAACGGAAAGUUAAUAAAGAGAAGCACACACCAGCUCUGUGUACAAGAGCCAGUGCAUGAACCUACAGUCAUGGUCGAGUAUUCAACAAUUGCCAAUGAAGAAACGAACAGCACAAAAGAAAAGAACAGCAACAAUGAAAAUAGAAAUAAGAAGGUGUCCGAGAAGAAGAAGUUGCUGUUUGGCCUGGACUUCCGGUGGAUGCUGGUGAUCCUGACGGGAGGAGCGAGUUCCCUGCUGGUUCUCUUCAUCAUCUGUCUCGUCUGUGUCUGUCGCUGCCACGCACGCAACAAGAGGAAGGCCACAAAGGAAGCUGAGUUUCGACUCGUCACUCUAAUGCCGGACUACACUGAUCAGCCUGAUGUUCAGUACAUGCAGAAAACUGAGUCCAGCAGGCCGUCCAAAAGCGUGCGUCCUCUUCCACCCCUGCCCAGCUCUCGAGGUCCUCCUCCUCUUCAACCCCAAUGAGAGAAACACUCGGCCUUCCCGAGACUCUGAGACCAACACAACCAAUUAAAGGAAAAAAAAACACACUUCUGCUCAUUCUUCAUUAUUACUUUUAACAAUUCAGAAUAACUGUAAAGUCAUCGAAACAAUGAAGUAGCUCAUGGAAGCCUAAAAAAAAAUCUUCUAUGUCAAGGCGUGAUGUUUCUGUGAUUUUUGUUUAGUCUUUAAGUUUGUUUGGGUAUGUUCGAGUUUAUAUGACUUUGUUUUUUAUAUGUCAAUUUGUAUUCUGAACAAACUGCGUUUCUAGUUUCAUAAAUGCUUUGUAAGUGUACUGUAUGUUUAUCCCUGAAUCUAGGUCAUUUCCGUCGAUUAUAUGCAGAUCUAUGUGAAGUUUUGUGAUUGGGCUCAGCGAGACCACCUUUGCAAGCACAACAGACUUUUUGCACUUUUCCUGUUUUAACUGAUGUCACUGAAUUGUGGUUGAGUUCAGAAAACAGCCUAACAUGAUCUCUGGCACACAUUUAAAAAACCUUUAAUUUCCUGCACACUUACUGUUAACACACACUGGAACAAAAACAAAUGACAAGUUAGCAAAGUCACGUAAAAGGUGGGUUUUUUCAUUCAUGAAACAGAAAUCGGUCUACUUUAUGGAAAUUCACCCUUUAAAUAACAAGAAUUUAACGUUGAACCAAAGCACAAGUUACACUGAGGUUUCUCACAUGUGGUAAGUGUAAAUGUAAUACUGACACUUGGUUUGAUUGUGUGAAUAUGUGGGUACAUGCGUUUUCCUCUGUCUGCCUUCUUGAUCUCUCAAUAAAAUGCCUUUGAAUUUUCCAUUGUACCUCCACAUGACCCGUGAACAAUCAAAUGAAUAAACAUAUUAUUGUGCAAGUCUUGCAUCCAA